UUAGUCGCUUUUCAACUACAGAGACAAAAAAAAUCAAUUGAUUCGAUCUUAUCUUGCUAGCAAGUUCCAUUAAUGAAAAGCCACACCAAAACACUAGAUUUAGGAUAUGCUGGCACGUAUAUGGUUGCUUGCUUAAACAUCACUCAAUAAUGCACCCCACCACAGCACUGACUAUGACAUGCACCUAAACGAAAUUAAGCUAUUUCUUUAUUUAGUUGAUGCUAGCUAGCUAGGUAGCUCUUUCUAAUUUAUUUCUUGCUUGAGUUAUGCCUAUUUAAUUUCCAUUCACUUGGAUUUUUUUUAUUCUAAGAUCGAUCAUCUUCAAUUUCCCUAUAUUACUUGCAAUAUUGAUUGAACACUACUAGAUCAUGUGUAUAACGUUGUAUAGCUAGCUAGCUAGCUUUCUAUUGUCUAAUAUACCUUUGUCUGUGUUGUAAAUUAAGGUGCAAGAAGCAAGUAAUCCCUCAUAAUACACACACACAUAUAUAUAUAUAUAUAUAUAUAUAUAAUGGCGGAUUGGGGUCCAGUGGUGAUAGCAGUGGUGCUGUUUGUGUUGCUAAGCCCUGGUCUUGUGUUUCAAUUGCCAGGGAAGAGCAGAGUGGUGGAGUUUGGGAACAUGCAAACCAGUGCAGUGUCUAUCUUGGUCCACACAAUCAUCUUCUUUGGUCUCAUUACCAUCUUUCUUGUUGCUAUUGGUGUGCAUAUCUACACUGGCUAGCCUUAUCGCCCUCACUCCUUUAAAUCUUUAAUUAUUCUAUUCUUUUUGGUUAAAGUUUUAGUAAUUUUUAUCUUGUUAUUCUUUUCUGAUUUGGUGACUGUAUUCUCCCAUUUCUCAUGUCCUCGUCGAAUAAUAACUCUACUUCUCUUUAGUCUUUGAGAUUCCAAGAUUAGGACAACUUUGGUUUGUAUAGAAUCAUAGAAUGGAAUAACUUGCACGUACUGCACACACUGAUAUCACAUCAUAUGGCUUAAUGUUUUAUGCUUUGAUGAAUUCAUUUUCUUUUCAUA